AUCAAAAGCGCUCGCCGGACGCGAUGGCCUCGAAGGAGACAGCCACGGCGAAGCGCACGCUGGUGUUCGUGUAUGGGACGCUGAAGACUGGUCUGUACAACUACACCACGUACCUGCUCCCAGCCAUCGAGCUGGGCAAGGCUUCGCUUGUGGGCGCUGGUCGCACGACGAACGAGGAGUUCCACAUGGUGCUGGACGACCAGGCCUUCUACCCGUGUCUCUAUCGAGCGCCGACCGAAGGCUACCGAGUGGACGGCGAGGUCUACAGUGUCGACGACGACACGCUGGCAGCUCUGGACGUGCUCGAGGAAGUGGACGACGAUCUCUACGCUCGCAACGAGAUCGACGUGGACGUGUUGGAGGGCGAGCGCAAAGGCGAGACUUUGCCCUGCCAGGUCUACCUCAUGCCAAUCUUCGAUGACCUGCCCAAGCUGGAGCGGAUCACGAAUUACACGGCGGCAAUGAACGCCAAGUACGACGAGCUGAUGGGCGACCCGCAGCUCGAUAUCCUGGAAUGCAUCUACGGGAAAGAAGUCACGCACGCCGUGGAAGCGAAAGUGAAAGGGGGCAUGGACUUCGCAGACGCCUGGAAAAUCGUUGUCAAGGCGUAA